AUGAAGUUCAUUCGGCUGGCCGCCGCCGCCCUUCUCGCCGUCCUCGGGCGGGAGGCCGAUGCGGAAUCAAAGUUCACCCCUGCCAGGCCCCCCGCCGCUCCGUUGGCCGUUCGCUCGCCCUACCUCAACGUCUGGCUCAACGGCCGCACCGAUGGCAAACCAAGUGGCUAUUUGCCGGGCCAGUGGCCUCGCUUCUGGACUCAAGCAAUCCAAGGAUGGCAGGGGUUCGUCAAGGUCGACGGCAAGGCCUUCAACUGGAUGGGAGACGCCCCCGACUCGCCUCCCGUCGUCGACCAGGUGUCGCUCGAGUACACCUCGACCAGGACCACCUUCAUCAUGAACGUUGACGGCAAGGUCCAGCUGUCCAUCAAAUUCUUGUCCCCCGUCUUCUAUGACGACAUGCGCAGGCAGUCCGUCACUUCAUCCUACCUCGAGGUCUCUGCCAAGUCGCUCGACGGCCGAAGUCACAAGGUCCAAGUCUAUUGCGACGUGUCUGGAGAAUGGGCCAGUGGCGACGUCGCCGCCACCAUCCAGUGGGAGAGCCACUCCAGGGAUGGCGUGCGCUACCACAAGUUUUCCCGCAAGGACCAGCAAGUCUUUAAAGACGUCAACGAAAUUGCUUCGUGGGGCAACUGGUACUGGGCCACUGGCGAAAAGCCCGGCCUCAGCUACCAAAUUGGAGCGGAUACCGACGUGCGCAGGAAGUUCCUCAAUGACGGCCGUCUUAGCGGUGACAUUGAUAGGAACUUUCGAGCCAUCAAUGACCGAUGGCCCGUCUUUGCUUUUGCUCGCGACCUCGGUGACGUUGGAAACGACUGGGCCAGCACGCUCUUCACCAUUGGCUACACCCAGGACGAUGCCAUCAACUUCCAGGGCAAGGAGGCUAACCCCCGGGCCGUUCCCUCGCUUUGGAAGCAGUGGUUCUCCGAGGACCAGCUCGUCAGUUACUUUUACAAGGACUACGGAUUUGCCAGCCAGCACUCGGAACGGCUCGAUGCUCGUGUAGCCCAGGACUCGAGGGCUGCUGCCGGCGACGAUUACCUGACGAUCACCAGUCUGUCUGUUCGCCAGGUCUUUGGCGCGCUUGGCAUCACCGGUACCCAGCAGCAGACGCUCGUCUUCCUCAAAGAAAUCAGCUCCAACAGCGACAUACAAACCGUCGACGUCAUCUUCCCAGCCUUCCCCAUCCUGUUGUAUCUCAACCCCGACCUCAUCCGCUACAUGCUCGACCCGCUGCUGGAGAAUGGCCGGACCCACUACCCCAACAACUACGCCCAGCAUGAUCUUGGGCGGUACCCCGUUGCUCUGGGCCACCCCAAGGGAGAUGACGAGCCCAUGCCAUUGGAGGAGUGCGGAAACAUGGUCAUCAUGAUGCUGGCGUACGCGCAGAAGAAGAGAGACAACAAGUAUCUCGCCGACAACUGGGAUCUGCUGGAGAAGUGGGCCCAGUACUUGAUUCAGGACGCCAAGAUCCCCGCCAACCAGCUCUCUACGGAUGAUUUCGCUGGUCAUCUUGCCAACCAAACCAACCUCGCAAUCAAGGGCAUCAUCGCCCUCGAGGCCAUGUCGAGAAUAGCAGACUUGACGGGCCACCAGGACCAAAGCGACAACUACUCGACGACCGCAGCCGAUUACCUCAAGUUCUGGACGGAGCAUGGCGUCAACACCGGGGCCAACCCCAGGCACACCAUGCUCCAGUACGACAGUCCCGACACCCACGGCCUGCUGUACAACAUUUACUCAGACAAGUUGCUCGGUCUCGACUUGAUCCCGCAGUCCAUCUACGACAUGCAGAGCGACUUUUACCUCAGCGCGCAACAGCAGUUUGGCGUCAUCCUCGACACGCGCGGCACUCUCACCAAAGUCGACUGGGAACUGUUCGCCGCGGCAGUGGCCAAGCAGGAGACGCGUGACAUGUUUAUCCGCAAGAUUGCAGACUGGAUCAACCGCACAACUACGUGGCGUGCGUUUACCGAUCUCUACGACGUGGAGUCGGGCGGAUACCCGCGUGGGAUUGAGUUCACCGCACGGCCCGUCCAGGGUGGUGUCUUUUCCCUGCUCGCCCUCAAUGGGCAGGGGGAUGGAUAG